CAAAUAAUACAUAGGGAAGACCAUUUCACUGUUACUGUCUUUGUUCCUUGAAAGUUGGUAAGACGGGGACUAUUCCCAUUCUACUUGGGGAUUCCCAUUCAAAAGCAUUGGCGUGAUACCAACCCAUUCACGGGACAAAGGCCAACACACAAGCACACACCCAGAGCAGGUGGAGUCCGAGCAGCAGCAGGUGACAAGGUGCAGACUUUUAAAGACGUGCGCUUUGAAAGGAAAAGCUUUUCAUGAAGCCCUGUUAUGGAGAAAGGUGUGGAUUUUGGAUAGACUGAUAACUGGACUUUUACCAUGGAGCUCAAUGGUAUACUCAGUUUACAUCAGAUUGAUGUUCUCACGACUGUGUACUUAGUGUUACUCACUCCCAGUUUGAUUGGGAGUUUUUCUGUCCUGUUGGUUUCCAUAGUGAGAAGGAGGCAUCUAAAACAGCAGGUGCACCUCCUGGUGCAGCUCGCCCUGGCAGACCUCCUGGCUGCUCUGGUCCUGAUGUCCACCAGUGUCAUGAACAAAGUUGUAACCAACAGCAAUGAAAUCAUCUGCCAAUACAGCCUGCCGCUGUCACUGACAUUUUACUUUAUUUCAUUCCUGCUGGUGGUGGUUUACGCGUGGAAGUCGAAGAAUGCGAUCCAAGGAUGGAGAGCGAGACCAGCAGACGACGAGGGUGGACAGAGUCAGUGCAGAAGAAAAAUAGUGGAUUUUCCUGUAUAUGCCAUAGUGUGGCUAAUUCCUAUAACAAUAUACUUAUCAUAUGUACUCACUCACUUCAUAAAAACAACACAGCUGAUUCCAGACAGGUCACUGAUCGUACACAAUGAGAGCACGUACAGCACCAGGUGUAUUUUGUUCUUGCACGUCUGGACGGACUCCCGCUCAGAUCCCGAGAUAGUCCAUGACACUUUCAUCAAAAGUUUUCUUUUCCUCGUGGUGAUACCAGUGAUGCUGUCUUGCUCUGUUAUUUAUUAUAAUGUUGGUAAAUGGUAUGAAAGACAUCAGCAUCAGGGUCUUUUUCCAGUGGAAGGAGACGGACGGUCACGAAGGAGAUUCAAAAGAGUGUUUUCUACAGCAAGAAAUAUGGUGAUGGUGAUAUUAUUCUGUUGGGCACCAGCUCUUGUCCUCAUUCUGCUGUCCACCCUCAUGAAACGGACAAAUGUUGAACAGCAGGUUCUAUUUGGUCUUUAUAUGAUACAGGCUGCCAAUGUGUCCCUGCAAGGUUUCCUGAACAGUAUGGUUUACGCCUGGAGACGACCAAACUUCACGGAGGCCGUUCUCGGGGAGAACACCCCCUUAGUGGCGUACGCCCGCCUCGCCUUCUUUGAUGAGUCGCUGAGGAGCUCAUCCUGAUCGCUGACUCAAAACACACUAAAGAGAAAUUGUUGGCACAACAUAUCGGCCUGAGGAGGACUGACUGAAUGCCUGCAAACUUCAUGAAGUCGUAACAAUUCAGACUGAAACAUAAAAUGCUCCCGUUCCGUUCGUGGACUGAAGAGAAAAUUAAUUGAAAGAAACGAAGACUCUUUGAGCAAGCAUCAACUGACGUGUUUUAUUGCAACUGUUGAAUUUAUAUUUAUAAUUAAGUCAUAGUAGAGCUACUAGCAGAGUAGCAAUUUUGUAGUACUGGGGGGAAAAAAAGUAGAAUUGUAUUGUAUUUAUAUGUGUUGUUUUAUUAAAGAUGUCAUAGAGAA